AGACCAUCGUUCCUGUCAAACCAAACAGUAGACCAGACCCGUGUCUAUUCCAACCUCUCCCAACGUCAUCAAAUAAUCUGUCACCUUUCAAUUCGUGCGCUACGUGAUACUCGCCGUUGAACACGCCCACGCGUUCACAAAGAGGGCCCAAGUAGUUUCUGCAAGGCUCCAAAAGCCUCUCCUUCUACGAAAAAGAGAAGAAACCCCACACAAAAGGAAAAAACCUCAUUCCCGCGGCCAAGGAGAACGGGUCAAAGCAUUCACAUUCGUUAUCAGAUCCUCGUCAUCUCCGCUCUCUUGUAACCUAAUCGGCCGCCCCCAGAUAUAGUCUUUUUUGGUGUGGAAUUUUUAGUUUCAAGUGGGUUGAGGUGAUUCGGUCUUAGAUUUACGUGGGUUUCUGAUCAAUCUACAAUAGCAUUGUUUCUGUUUGGAGUUUUCAACAAUUCUGGUUCGAAUUUCAGAGGGUUGUUUUUUUUGUUAUCAGCGAUGAAAGUAACAUUUCAUUGAUAACAAUAAAACAUUACAAGAGAGCAGGAGAGAAGAAUUUCAAGAGGGUUGAGGUGAUUUGGUAUCUGAUUUACUUGGGUGUGCCGUUCGGGUUGACGGGUUUCGAACUCCGAUAUCUUUUUGGGUAAAGUUAUUGAUUUUAUUGGUGAAUAAGUUGUUAUGGGCAUUGAUGAAUUUGAUAUUGAUCCAUGGGGACAUUGGUUGAAUUGAAGAAAGACUGCUUUACUUGAUCUUUGUGGUCAAUUUAUCUUCAUUUGUUGAUGUAUCUUGGGGUUAUCGAAGAAGAGGAUCGGCUUGUGAACCUUCCCAGCUCAUUUUGGGGUGUUCCCAGGCCAUUGUCUUUGUACCUGGAUUAUAACGUCUUCUCAUUUUGUAUCCCUCGAGAUAGAUGGGAUAAGGAGUUCUUCAAACUGCAGAGCGGAUAGCGAAUCGUAUUUGAGUUCUUAUAUAGAGAUUUUUGUUCUUUUCGCUGGAAUUUGAGAUGGGUUCUUCGUCACAAAGGUCUGCUUUGUCCACAAAUGUGGCAGGGCUUGUUGAUGGGUCAGCGGCGGAUAGAGAGGUUGUAUUGGUUGAUUGUUUGCCCGUAUAUGUCAGGGAACUUAUCGCAGGAGGUGUUGCUGGAGCAUUUGCAAAAACUGCGGUUGCUCCUUUGGAACGGAUUAAAAUACUCUUGCAGACUAGAACCGAAGGGUUCCAUUCUCUAGGUGUCUAUCAGUCACUGAAGAAAGUACUAAAGCAUGAAGGUGGUUUAGGAUUCUAUAAAGGAAAUGGAGCUAGCGUCCUUCGGAUUGUUCCCUAUGCGGCAUUACAUUUCAUGACAUAUGAGCGGUAUCGAGAUUGGAUCCUGGAUAACUACUCUGCCUUGGGAACGGGUCCCAUUGUAGAUCUUUUAGCUGGUUCAGCAUCUGGAGGAACAGCAGUUUUGUGCACUUAUCCAUUGGAUUUGGCUCGUACCAAACUUGCUUACCAGGUUGUGGAUACAAGAGGAAGUUUCCAGAAUAGUGCGAGAAGUACUCACAUGCAGCCUGCUUACAAUGGCAUAAAAAAUGUAUUAGAGAGUGUCUACAAAGAAGGGGGAGUACGUGCAUUGUAUCGGGGUAUAGGUCCAACACUGAUCGGUAUCCUUCCUUAUGCUGGUUUGAAGUUUUACAUCUAUGAAGAACUGAAGAGGCAUGUUCCUGAAGACCAACAAAAGUCCAUUACAAUGCGACUUUCAUGUGGAGCUUUGGCUGGUUUAUUUGGGCAAACUUUGACGUACCCCUUAGAUGUUGUCAGGAGACAGAUGCAGGUUGAACAUCUGCGACCUUCAAUACCAGGAGGUGCCAGAUACAGGAGCACCAUGCAGGGCCUUGCCACUAUUGUCCGUAAUCAAGGGUGGACCCAGUUGUUUGCUGGGCUAAGCAUUAACUACAUUAAGAUCGUUCCUUCUGUUGCAAUUGGUUUCACAGUAUACGACACAAUGAAGUCUUCGCUUAACAUACCACCCAGACAGAAAUUGCAACCGGUAUCCACUGCAUAAAGCCCUUUAAGAUCGCCGAGACGCACCACUACACAUACAUAUCCUUGUGUUCAUGGCCUAUACUAGGAUACAAAUACUGUGCGCAAUGGUCAUUGAAAAUUGGUUGUUCUCUUAUCUUCCAAACGAGCAUUUGACUUGUGAUUUCUUAGUCUUUGAUCCGUGCUAUUGCAGGAAAGAGGAACUGUAAUGGAUUGAUGGUUGUAUUCUUUCAUCAUAUUUUGUCUUAAGAUCAUACGAUCUGCUGAA